UGUGAUAGCUUUAGCAGCCUGUGUACUCAGGGUUGAUGCCUUAGACACAUUCGUGGCUGCUGUAUAUGAACAUGCUGUUAUCCUUCCAAAUACAACAAAAACACCUGUUUCCCAGGAAGAUGCCCUGAUGUUGAUGAACAAAAACUUGGAUGUUUUGGAGAAAGCAAUCAAACUGGCAUCUGAGAAGGGUGCACAAAUUAUCGUGACCCCUGAAGAUGGAAUUUAUGGCUGGCAUUUCACAAGGGAAAGCAUUUACCCAUAUCUAGAAGACAUCCCAGAUCCUCAAGUAAACUGGAUUCCAUGUACUGAACCAAACAGAUUUGGCUAUUCACCAGUGCAAAAAAGACUUAGCUGCUUGGCCAGAGAAAACUCUAUUUAUGUGGUGGCAAAUAUUGGAGACAAGAAAGAAUGUGAUGUCAAUGACUUCAACUGUCCAUCUGAUGGCCGGUACCAAUACAACACUGCUGUAGUGUUUGAUUCAAAAGGGAAACUGGUUGCCAGAUACCAUAAGUACAAUCUCUUUGCAUCGGAAGUUCAGUUCAACUUUCCUAAAGAUUCAACAUAUGUGACCUUUGAUACACCUUUUGGAAAAUUUGGCAUUUUCACUUGCUUUGAUAUAUUCUCUUAUGAUCCUGCUGUAAUUGUGGUGGAUAAAUUCCAAGUGGACAGCAUAGUGUUCCCCACAGCUUGGAUGAACACUCUGCCCCUCUUGUCUGCUGUUCCAUUCCAUUCAUCUUGGGCUAAAGCCAUGAGGGUCAAUCUCCUUUCAGCAAAUACUCACAACACCAGGAUGCAAAUGACAGGGAGUGGAAUCUAUGCACCAGAGGCAGUUAAAGUUUAUUACUAUGACAUGGAAACAGAAAGUGGCCAGCUAUUACUAUCAGAACUGAAGUCACGGCCUCGAACUUCUUCCAACUACCCUGCAGCAGUAGAUUGGAGUGCCUAUGCCAAAAAUGCCAAACCAUUUACUUCUGAUCAGGCAAACUUCCCUGGGAGUAUCUAUUUUGAUGAGUUUACCUUCACUGAACUUACUAAAGACACAGGAAAUUACACCGUUUGCCAAAAAGACCUCUGCUGUCACUUGAGUUACAAGAUGUCUGAGAAAAGAAGUGAUGAAGUAUAUGCACUAGGGGUUUUUGAUGGCCUUCAUACUGUUCAAGGAGAAUAUUAUCAACAGAUAUGCACAUUAUUAAAGUGCCAAACAACUGAUUUAAAAACUUGUGGUGAGCCAGUUGGAUCAGCUUUCACCAAAUUUGAAGCAUUUUCCCUCAGUGGCACAUUCCAAACCAGUUAUGUCUUCCCACAGAUAGUGCUAAGUGGCACUCAACUUGCACCUGAACAAUACUUUGAGGUAUUGAGUGAUGGUCGUUUGCAGAGCAGAAGUGAUGUUCCUUUGCCUAUUUUAGCGAUGACACUAUAUGGGAGAGUAUUUGAGAAAGAUCCACCUCGUUUAGGACAGGGUGAUCAUACUUUACAAAGAGGCAAUGUGAAAAGAACACAAAGCUAAGAAAUUAUCUGGACUUUAAUUUCUAUUGGUUUCUAAUUAGCUACCAAAUAUAGGAACUUGGGCAAGUCAUAAACACACUCACACAAACACAUACACAUAAGUGGGUCCAUUUUGAUACAGAUUUCUUAUUGUUUAAGUGGCAAGUAUAUUUUUUAGAACAAUUGAGAAUAACAAUAAACUAUCUAUUAAUUAGCCA